UCCUCCUCACCAUUCUGGACUGGAGGAGGAGUAGACUGCUUCAACACCCCAAGCCAAGCCAUCUACUUUCUCUCUCCUGUCACCUCCUCAUUUCAUCUCUGUUCUGUUCUUCCCUCUUGCUGAUACAUGGAUGGAUGCAUAGAUAAGAUAGCUAGGUAGCUCUCCCUCUCUCAAGGAAACAUUCCCCCGCUUUAUGCCAUAAUUAAUACUAUUGUUUUUAGUCUUAUUGUUAUUAGUAUCACUAACCAAGCCAUGCAUAGUACUACCAUCCAUGCUUUUGUUAUCUAGCUAAUCAAGAAACAAUCCCCUCUUUUGAUUUGCUUCCUUCCCUUGCUCCCCCCUUGACUCCCUGAGGCCAACACCCAAGCCAUCCCCCCUACUUGUUCUAUUCUUGUGCCACACAAAACCUACAACUAUAAGUUGGAGCUCAACACCACCACCAGCACAAACCCUUCUUCCUCCUCCAAACAAAGCUUGGAGGAAUCAUCCUAAUAGAGUAGUAGCUAGCGAGCUAGCUCUCUUACCCUAGAUAGAGCUAGGGAGUGAGGCGCCAUGGAGUACAAGAGAUCAUCGCAUGUGGAGGAGGAAGAGGAGGAGGAAGAAGAGGAGGAUGAGGACGAGGAGGACGAGGAGGAAGCUGGACACCAUCAGUAUACGACGGCGGCGGCGGUGGUGGCCACGGGGGCGACGCAGCAGCUGCACCCGCAGGUUCUUGGCUCGUCUGCUUCUUCGCCGUCGUCUUUGAUGGACGCCGCCGCUUUCUCGAGGCCCCUCCUGCCUCCUAACUUGUCGCUUGUGUCUCCGUCGCCGCCGCCCCCCGGGGGAUCCUUCCUGCAUGCGGCGGCUCAUCACCAUGGGCAGGCAAGAAGGGUGGAGAGGGAGAGGACGGUGGAGAUGCCUGGUGGGGAGAGCCAGCACCAGGUCCAGCGACAUCAUGAGCCGGCGAGAAAUGGCGUUCUUGGUGGCGGUGGCGCGCCUCACGCGGCCUCUACGCUUGCCCUCGUGGGUGGUGGUGGGGGUGGUGGUCCAAGAGCCGGCGAGGGGGCGGCGCCGGAGGCGCCGUCGUGGAGGUACAGGGAGUGCCUGAAGAACCACGCGGCGCGGAUGGGCGCGCACGUGCUCGACGGCUGCGGCGAGUUCAUGUCGUCCCCUGGCGACGGUGCCGCGGCGCUGGCCUGCGCCGCGUGCGGCUGCCACCGUAGCUUCCACCGCCGCGAGCCGGUCGUCGCGCCGACCUCACUCUCGCUUUCCCCCGCCGCCGCUGCCGUGGUGUCCCCCUCCGCGACACCCACCGGCGCCAACUCCACCCGGCUCAUGCCGCUCCUCCUCGCUCCGCCUCACAUGCAGAAGCGGCUGCCCGUCGUCCCCGUUUCCCCGGCGUCCGCCCCCGCCGCGCUGGCCGAGUCCUCCAGCGAGGAGCUGCGCCCGCCGCCGUCCCCUCACUCCCACGCGCAGGCGGCCGCCGUUGCGUCGGCCUCCGCGCCGCCGGGCCCCAGCAAGAAGCGCUUCCGGACCAAGUUCACGACGGAGCAGAAGGACCGGAUGCGGGAGUUCGCGCACCGCGUCGGGUGGCGCAUCCACAAGCCCGACGCCGCCGCCGUCGACGCCUUCUGCGCCCAGGUCGGCGUCUCCCGCCGCGUCCUCAAGGUGUGGAUGCACAACAACAAGCACCUCGCCAAGACGCCACCGUCCCCGUCCUCGCAGCCGCCGCCGCCGCCGCCGCCGCCGCCGCCACCGCCGCUCCACCACGAUCCUUCUCCUCCUCCCCAUCACCACCACCACCACCACCAUCACCACCCACCACAACACCACCAUCAUCAUCAGCAGCAGCAGCAGCAUGAUGCAUGAGAGCGAGCAUCAGCACAAUGCAAGCUGAGAGGAUGCAUUAGCAUUAGCUAUUAAUUAGCUCUUCUUUAGCUUUUCUUCUCCUGUGUAACCUCCUCCUUGUUAAGUUGAACUCAUGCAGCACCAGUUGCUUAGGAGAGUAGACGCAUUGUUGCAAUGAGAGGUAAUCAGGGGGUAACUAAUCUGAUAUUAGGCCUUACAUGCAUGCCUGCACUAAUGCACUUGCUUAGCUCAUUUGCUUCCAUUGGAUAAAUGUGAUUAGGUUUAGCAUGAUAGAGCCAAAUGCUAAGUACAUUUUAGGGCUUCUUUCUCUCUCUCUUGCUAGUGCUAGUGCAGCAGCAGUAGUGCUUGUAUGCAUUGUGUUGAAGUAGCAGAAUUGCAGUGGGCAUUUGCAAUGCAAUGCUCCCUGCUGCCUAUCUUGGCUUGGGCACCACAUGCUUUUGACUUUGCCUUUUGGGUUUUGUAGGAUUCCUUUUGGCAGGGAGGGGGUGUACUGUGUUGCAUUGUUGCUGCAUGCAUUGGGGUUUGGUACUUUGGUUUGGUGAGGGGAGAGGGAGAGGGUCCCUUUGUGAGGGGAAUGUACUUAGGCAUGGGGGUUUGUCAUUUGGUGUGCAAAGUACGAUUAGGGGGGUCAUUAAAGGGAGUGUUUGUUUAUGGCUUCUAAGCUUCUGUGCUGGGCUUUCUGUCCUGGCAGGGUGGGGACACCUCCACUGUCCUAGCUGCUAAACCCCCUUUCUUAAGGGCUUUUGCAGCCUUUUUUGGGGGGCAAUUUUGUUUGAGCUGCUUCUAGCCUUCUGCCAAAGCUGUGUUUUUUUCUUUCUUUCUUUCUUCCUCUCUCUCUUUCUCUGGUGGUGUUGGACUUUGGCCAGAAGGCAAGUGCAUGUGAGAGUGGACUGUUGUGUCAGAAACUCAAAGGGGAAGAAAGCCCUGUGUUUUGAGUGUGUGUGUUGGAUGGCCCAUGCAGAGUGAAUGAUGAUAUGUACUUGUCGGCAAAUACAAGGCUUGGAUUGGAGCCAUUCAGCUU